UGCCGCAAGACUUCGAACACGCCUUUUCAUUAGCGAUUCAGAACCCUUUGGCCUCUCAGGUGGUUUCUUCCUAACCUUUCACCUCUUUAAUACCCGAGAGGUGGCUGGCAGCGAGGCGGUGACACUUGCACAGGUAUGGCAGACCUCAACACGACCUGGGAGCGGGAGUUGGUGGAACAAUUCUCCGGCCUGACUGCUGCCACCGACGUUUCUUUUGAAAGCAGCGACCACAACACGGGUUUAUUACAUUUAAGCGACGAGGUUCUGGUUCUUAUAUUGAGAUAUUUGGAGCCGAUGUCGCUGCUCAGGCUCGGCAGCACCUGCAGCAUAUUGUUCCGAGUUUGUUCCUGCAACUCCCUGUGGACCCUACACUUCCAGGAUUCGUUUGGGGUCCGCCUGUCACAUACCGACGCCAGGUGUCCCGUGACCUCCAAAACCGCCUUCCGCUUGGUUUUUAUGUGGAGGUCUCUCUUCAGAAACAUCCACUGUAACCGCGCGCUUCAGGAGAAACUCUUUGUGGAGAUCCCGCUCGCGCCUCAUCGCUACUGGAUCCAGUGGCUCGUGCUGGAGGAGAGCGUUCCCCUGCCCUCCGUGACGCUUCCCUGCGAGGAUGUGGAGAAUCUGUGGGGCAUCACCAGAGAUCUCUUCCAGGACAAGAUUCAAGAGAAAACUGAAGAUUGCGAGACCCUGAAGUUUGAAUGGAGGGAACUCUAUCAUCUUACGUUGAAGCACCACAGCAGCUUGACGCUGGUCUUCCAACAUGUUCUCAACCAACACCAGAACAAUGACCACUCAGAGCUGGAGUCCAUGUACCAUCAGUACAUCCAGUGCAGGUUCCAGUGGCUCUUCACUUACUGGCUAUUUCGUCAGCCGGCGCCGUACAACAAGCAGCUGCGAUCCAUCUUCCUGCAGUGGAAGAAACACAGCAAGAGCAAGGUGGCCACCUGGGGAGAGACUCUUUGUGAUGUGAGGUAUCUGGCCUCCCUCCAUCCCAUCACUAGCGAUUACUGGAGGGGCAGACUGGCCCGAGGAGAUGAGAGUUUGGGGAUUCAGACCGUUGAAAACUACUUCUCCAUGUGCAAGUCUCUAGUGGCCUGGAUCUUGGGACGUGACUGGGGCCGACUGAAGCGAAGAAAGAUUUAUGAAGACACGCUGGAGGGUGUGUAUCUUCUGCUGAGGCGAGAGAUGCAGGAGAAGGUCAUCGAACACGAGCGCUUCUGGCAGGUGGCCAAAGUCCAGAUGACCCGCGUUUGCACGCUGGAGGAGACGGCGGUGAAUUACGUCAACUGGAAGAUGAUCGAGACGCUCCCGUACUACAAGCUGUAUCUGAUCUCGGGUAACUCGGUGUACCUGAAUCACGUGCAAGGUUUCUUGCGUAGAAAGAGGCUGAUUCGCGACUGGAUUUACCUGGAAGAGAACACCUGGGCCCGACAGCUGCUCCCCGAGCAUCUCUACACACUGCUGGAGUUUGACACAAAGAUCUCUCAAGAGAGUUUGCACGGGGACUCACCGACGGCCCAGCUGAGUCGACUCAUGUGGCUGUACCUGAACUCAGGUCAGGAGAUCUAUCUGCAGGCGGUGAAGGGAAUGGUUCUGGAGUGUGCUCAUGCCAGCCUAAGCCAUCUCGGCACACUCGCAGCUUUUGAACUUCUUGUGGCAUAGCAUCAUUUAAUCGCCUACAAUUUUAUUGACUUUUAUAUGAUGAUUUUUAUUUUUUUAGUGCUUCCCUUUUGUGGGGUGUUUUUAACAAGAUUUUACACAAUUUUUACAUUUUUUAAAUUCUCCUUGUAUUGAGAAUUGGUAAUUAUGUGCUGAUUUAAGUGCAAUAAUGAAGAGAUGCUUAAAUCUUGCUGUUAUGAAAUGUCAGUUUUA